AUGCAAGGUUCUAGCCCGCUGCAGGAAGUCGCGCCCAUGCUCUUCUUUGCCCUUUUGGGCUGCCUCUUCGCCUACAAGCACUACCAAGCCAACGACGAGAGCAAGUUGCGUUCUGAGCGCUACACUGCACGCGCACCGGCAUUUUCCUCAAAGAAGAAGGCCGAGGAGGCCGCGCCACCCGAUUCUCGAGCGACGGAGCCCACCGCCAUCAGGCCAGCAGAGGAGGAUCUUCGAGGCUCCCAAAAUCUGCUGAGUCCUGCAGAGCUGUCCGAUGAUGCGGACAAGAUGGUUUGGGCAUACUACAACCCCUUCUCGGCGGUUUGGCAUCGUUUGCCAGACGGCUUCGAGCCUCCAGCCUCCAUGGACCUUACGGCCUGGCACAAGAAGCACAUCGAAUCGAAGGAGUGGAACCGACUCUUCGCGGAGGGAAAGCUUGCCGAGAUCAUUCCUCGCGGCGGCUUGAAAGUUCGAUAUGUCCCCAUGUGGGACACGCACGAGCCUGUGCUCGUGAAGGAGCGAUGUUGA